CAGUUUGCAUUGAGGUUUAAUGUUAAAUUGCGGUAAGAAAGACUUCACUUUAGCUAAACUUCAGCUUCAGGAAAAUGGGCUCAUGUAACAUCUAGUCAUAACAAAAAACAUAACCAACUCAAAUACAACGGUAACACUGUUUCGCUAACUUCCCAUGAUUCAUUGCACUCCAGCGCGGUUACUGUUAGCAGCAUUCGUUAGCAUCUCUUGCUUCGAGGCUCUCUAAUCACACCAGCCAAUCAGCCAACUCCCAUGAGUCGUUGCUCUCUAGUUUGGUUACAGCUGUAGGUGGGCGUUGGAGUCUCUUUUCAUAAAGGCUCUUUGGCAUUUUGAAUCAACAGUCCUCCUCGUUCGUACACGCCGUUACUUUAUUUUGUACACCAUUUCACAGAUACGUUGAUACUUUAAGAUUUUAAAGUAUUAAUUUCAAUGAUUUUUUGACUACUUUUAAACAUUAGAGUGGAGAAUGGCGUGUUCUGUCUUUAAAGGGGCGUGGUUUACAUCCCAUCACAUACACACAAACACACGCACCCUCACACACAUAACUUUAGUGUAGCAACCACAGCGCUCACUGACAAAGCGUUGUGUCGACCCUCCUGAGAAGAGGCUAACCAGCCCCCUCCCGGAGAAAGGAAAUGAAGAGGAGGCUACACAAGAAAUACUUGGUACUUAUCCUGGCAUAUUCAGGGUUACUUUUACUAAUACCGUACGUCUUAGAUUACCGGGAUAAAUCCGUUCAGCAUGGGAAACACGGACUAACGCAGCAACAGUUCAGAUGCCCAGAUCUGGAGAACACGGUGGCGCUGCUGUGGGAUAACGGUUACAAAGUUAACGGCAGCGACGCAACGGAGCUAGCGGUCAACAGGAGCCAGUCUCGGAUACACAUCUACCUGCAUGCCACAUGGAGGACUGGCUCCUCGUUUCUGGGGGAGUUGUUCAACCAGCACCCCGAUGUGUUUUACCUAUACGAGCCGAUGUGGCACAUAUGGCAGGCUCUGUACCCGGGAGAUGCGGGUAGCCUUCAGGGCGCUGUGCGGGACAUGAUGAAUGCGCUCUACCGCUGCGACUUCUCCGUCCUCAAACUUUACGCAGGCCCACAAAAUAUCACCACGUCGUUCAUUUUCGGCUGGAAAAUGAACAAAGUAAUAUGCUCGGAGCCAUUAUGUGAAGCACACAAGCGGCAUGAAAUUGGUUUGGUGAGGGAGGACCAAUGCGCCAAGUGCCAAAAGCGGGACAUCAGGGAGCUGGAGAGGGAGUGUAAAAAGUACCCUGUGAUGGUGAUCAAAGGAGUCCGCGUUUUGGACCUGAGCACCCUUGUUCCCCUCAUAAGAGACCCGGCAAUAAACCUUCAGGUCAUCCAGCUUUUCAGAGACCCGAGGGCGGUGCACAACUCCCGCUUGAAAUCCAAACAGGCCCUGGUGAAGGAGAGCAUCCAGGUGCUGAGGAGUAAAAAGCAAGCCGACAAAUACAAGCGUCUGCUGGUGCCGAGCAACAAGGUGAACCGGGCUGAGAGCUACGUCUCCAGCGCCAUGGAGCUCAUCUGUGACAACUGGCUGAGUGACAUGAUGCUGGUGAUGAACUCUCCCCCCUGGCUAAGGAGGAACUAUUUGCGCAUCCGUUAUGAGGACCUGGUCCUGCACCCCAUGGAAGAGCUGCAGAGGCUGUACCGCUUCUCCAACCUCUCCUCCUUCCCUGCUCUGGAGAAGUUUGCGCUGAACAUGACGCACGGACAGGGUUAUUCUUCAGACAGGCCGUUUCUGAUAUCAUCCAGGGAUGCAAAAGAGGCGAUAUACGCCUGGAGGGAGAGACUCAAUGUGGAGCAGAUCAACCAGGUGGAGGCCUACUGCAGUGAAGUCAUGAGGCAGCUGGGGUACCAGAAAAACAGCAUGGAGAAGGCAACAUGAGGACAAACCCUGAGGAGUAUAUAAACUAAGGUAUGAGCUCACACAUCAGGCUUUAAUUCAAGGGUGAAUGCAGGUUUACAUCUGCAGAGUCUAAGUGCCCAUGCUGCCAAAUCAUCACGAUUUUCAACCUGACAAAGCAGGAAGUUUUGGGUUUUAACAGAAACCAUCUAUUAAACAUCAGGCCUGCUUCUGUGCUCUGCAGCUGAUCCUUGACCUUUGACCUUCCUCUUAAGGAGGCAAAUACCGCACAGGGUCUGUGUGGGGAUAUCACAUUAAGACUGCAAACAAAGACAGGACACAGGGUUUAAUAAGAUGCAUUUUAUACCAAACCUGCAUUCAAGCAUAGAAAAUCCCUCUCUGUUAGGUUCUCCCAGCGAUCUCCAGUUACGGAGAAAAAAACCCCAAAUAAAACAAACCUAAAAAAUAUAACAACACUGCGUGAAAACAACAGCACACUGGGUAAAGUGGCUGAGAUCAUGUGAGAUCGUACAGGAGAAACUGAGGUGCCGAUCUCUGUAUCUGGAGCACUAAAGCCCAAGUCCUUUUCUACAGAACAUAUGUUUCUAAUUGUUCCUCUCUAUUAAGUUGACCCUCACAGUGUACAAUGAUUUAUGUGCUGGCCCCACAAGGUUGCUUUUACUUUCAUCUCGAAUGAAAUUCAGGCAUGUUUGCUCAAGAAUUAAUUUCCUGUGGUCCAAAAUACAACUUUCACUGUAGAUACUUCAAUGCCAUUUUUUCCUGAUACUGAUUCUAAAACUGUUACAACCAGAUCAGGUCAUCAGAUACAGUUAUCAUAGUCUAUCAGUGAAGCUACUUACCCCAUGUGAAUCUGAUUUUUUAAAUAAUUGUAUGGCCUGGUUCAGGUUUAACUUUUAAACAUGAGCAAGGACAGUCCUAAUUCUAAAAAGGCAAGACUUACGUUAGUAAAAUAGGCUUUGAGGGUUAGAAAAUCUUUUAAACCCCAUAUGUAGUUGAAAUAGAACAGCGACAACAUAUUAAGUGUUGAAACUGAUUUGUGUGUGUGUGUGUGCAUGUGUGUGUUAUGAAAAAAUUAAUAUUCUCAGUUUAAUUUUCAUGCCACAUUUUUAAAAACUCAGACAUAGACAAAACACAUUGUCUGUGCCAUUGACAGAUUGUGUAAGGCUAUAAAAAAGAACACCAGGAGGAACAUCUCUUAACUAAUCAGGUUAAUUUACAACAGAGUAACAUGGCUGGGUACAAAAGGGGCAUUUUAGCGUGGCUGAGUGUCUCAGAGGUAAAGAUGGGAAGAGAUUGACCACUCUGUGAUAGACUUAGUGAGGAAAAAGGUUCAACAAUCUCAAAAUAAUGUUCCCAAAUUCAAAAUAAUGCGGGGAUUAAAUCACCUGAAGUACAAAAUAUCAUUGAAAGAACUGGAAAAAUCUGUGUACAAAAGAGAAAAGGCCGAAAACCAAUACAGGAUGGUUGUAAUCCACAGGACCUCAGAUGGCAUUGCAUAAAUUGAAUCUGCAGUGGAAAUCUCUUUACAAGCUCAAAAUCAUAUCUAUUUUGUCACUGUAGUCACAAAUUCUGGUUAAAAUUAUAUCAUGCAAAGAGAAAACCAGCUAUAAAUAAGAUCCAGAGACAACGGAAACUUCACUUAGUCCGAGUGAUUUAAGAGUGAUGGAGGCAAAGUAGGAAACUGUCCUAUAGAAAGGCACAUCCAAACAUUAUUUUUUAGAAGAGUCACAUUGUUAUCAGUGCACAGUUGUAAAGCCAUCUUCUGUUAUAGUAUGAGGAUGCAUGAGUGCACAUAGCAUGGGUAACUUUCACUGAUUAAAUAAUGCCAAACCACAUAUAAUAACAGCAUGGCUCAGUAGUGGAAGAGUCCAGGUUAUCUGUUCUGAUUGUAGUUUCAACUUGUCACCUAAUGAGAUAUGUGGUCCACCAUGAAACAAAACAUAACAUAGGAGAACCCAAACUGUUGAGUGUCUAAAAUCUUAUAUCAGGCAAGAAGUGGAUAAAAUUUCACUUUCAAAACCCCAGAAGCUGAACUGCUCUGUCCUAAAACAUGUGUAAAAUGAUUUUUUUUAAAGAGGGAAGUGCAACACAAGGGUAAAAGUAUCCCUAGCCCCUAUUUUCAGAUAAGGCUUUAUGUGACAGGAGGGUCAGUCUGAGGAUUAACAAUCAGUAGAUAUUAAAGAAAAGGGAGAAAAAAAACAAACACAUGUAAAAAGCAGCCCCAUGUAAACUUAAAUUUCACAAACAUUUGCAGACAUGUAAACUCGACUCAAAAAACUGUGCAGACUCACAAACUAGAUACAAAAGUAGGAUUAUAGCAGUUAUUCAUUAGAAAAAUUAAUGUUUUCUAGUCAGCCCCCUUUCCUCAUUCUGCGCAGAAGUGUUGCUUCUUUAUUGAAUGUUUUGACUAUUUUUAAUUACAAGCUCUCUUUGUUCCUGAGAGGUUUAGACCUGUGUGGAUACAUUGGCUCCUGUUAAAAAAACUUAAUCAAUUCAAUUCAAUCAAUCAAUUAAUAAUCAAUGCAGGAGGAUUGUAAAACAACUAUUAGAGCAUAAGCUGAGCUAGUGUUGUGCUAUGUCUGCUGAAGAAAAAACACUGUGUUUAUGAGAAAUUUCAGUUAACAUUAACCCUAAGGCAAACAUGAACAUUUGAAAUGAUUAAAAUCAAACAUGUUCAGUAUUUAAGAUCAGAUACUCUAUUGUGUUCAAGGACACUGAGGACAUUUUUCACAUGGUUCACAUGGAACAGGAUGAUAGCCAGCUGAGAAGUUGGCUGAAGAAGGGCACCAAACAAAUGUAGCCAUGGGGACAAUAAUAAACAGGAAGCAUUAAGUUGAGACAGAUGUCAGAAAUGGAGGACCAACUUGUUGAUUUGUGACAAGUGUUAAUAUGCCAUAUCCUGUGUGACACAUACCAAAGCUACAAAAAGAGUUGAGGAGGAGAAAUUGCUUCCACUAUAGAAGUACUAGAUAGCUUAGCAGCUAGCAGCAUUUGGCUUGAUAAUUGUCUCCUUGUCUGCUGUGAUUGUUCACUUGAAAGUCACAUUUGAUCACAAGAGAUUUUGCAUGAGCUCCAGUUUUUAGAGGAUGGAGUGGAUAUAAUGUGAAAGUGUGUGGUGGGUCAUGUGGCUGCUUUCUUCAUACUUGGGGAAUGUAACAGUUAAAAAUGUGUUAUCAUGUGUGGGGUCUUUCAUACAUUUUGUUAGGUGUAACUUAAGUGGUGCCGGGCCCAAACAGUUGGAAGGUCCUCUCUUUUUUGGCUUUUUUUGGCUUUAUACAGCUUCAAUUUUAUCCUGAGAGACGUAACUCAAAGCUUCUAACCUUUUAAAAAAAUCUUAUUCCAUGCUGAUUUUAACCUGGAGUAGGUCUUUAUUAUUUCUUUUCUUUGAUUAAAACCUCUGUCAACACUGUGGCUCCUGCUCAAAAAAACUUGGAAAUAAACAAGGCUGAAGGAAUUAAACUUCUGGCCUUAUUUAUUCUAUUAGCUGCUGGUGACAGUCAUGAUACAUCCUUGGUGGAAGCACAGGUCUGACCUUUAUCUAAUGGCAGCAUUUACCUUGUGGACUAAAUUAUUCUGGUGUAAAAAGUUGAGUAUUUUCCUGGCUUUUAAGGGCUACGUUUUUGACUCAUAACAGUCUAACCAAAACCAUAUCAUCUGUGGUGCUGAGAUAAGAAGGGACUCAGCCUUUUGGUGAAGAUAACAGCUCUGCUCUAAAAUAAUCUAUUAACAUACUGUAUGUCACGGUUGGUGCUUUGGUUCUCUCCACAUGAAGCUCUCUCUUUCCAGGAUAUCAAGUAAAACCUGCAGUUUAACCUAUUACUGUACAUCAGGGAACAUCUAACAGUCCAGUGUUAACAUUUAAACACAAGUUACCCCCACUGUAAUAGAUUUUAUCUCCAUUAGAGCGAGACAGUCGCUGAAAUAUCUCCCCCUUCUUGAUGACGAGCUGAUCUGCUCUUUAAUAGAGGCCUCAUUGUUUCCCUCUGGCAUCGCCGGGUGCUCUCAUGGAUAGCGGGGGGCUGGCAGUGACUCUCUGGGCCUCAGACUCUGCUGUCAAGAAGGGUGUCAUUGUGCGCGGCUGUGUGUGACAGGAUGGAGCUCCCAGGGAUACCACCAGCCUGUCACCGCCAGCUCUUACAAGCAGACCCCUUUAGAGCCAGGCUGGCUGGGAGCCUUCUGCUGGGAGCAGAAAGAGGGUGGAGGUGGUGGGUGCACCCUUGUCUCACGGCCUCCACCCUGACUCUAAAGCUAUGCAGGUCAGCUCUGUCAUAACUAAAGGCUUUUAUUGUAAUCCUCAACUAAUAUUUUUCUCUCUUUCAGGGGCCUGGUAAUCGACGCUAAGGGCAGAAGGUGGAAUAACUAAACAAGCAAAUGGAAUUUGGUCCACCAGGAACUCACAAGCACCGGCUCUUGGGUUGUUUUCCUUCAGCUGAGCCAGGUCGAUGAACUGGAGAAAAAUUCAAGUGGAAAAGCAGCCAAUCACAGACAGAUGAAUCUGAAACAGGGAGAUGGCAGCUUAUUUUUAUAGUGUUAAACUCCAGCAGCCUCUGUGCUGAUAGAGAGUAGGUGGGAGCUGACAUAAACAAGCAGAGGGAGAUGAGGCAGGUUUGUGCUGCCGGUACAUUGGACUGCCUCUAUCCCUCUGUCCUUUCAGUAGCACUAAUCCCUCCACAAAUCCCCUGCAGGCAAGGCCGUAAAAAGCCGAGAUGGGUCCUUCUUGGGAGGUGACUGCCAGGAUCCUGGGUGGCAGCGUCAGGUUUUCUCUCACCUGUUAUUUAUCCGUCCAGCCUGUGACUAAGCACAGCAUUACUGACACCUAACUGCAGUUGGCACACUAACAGUGUCAAUGGGGAGUUUUCUGAGAAGAAAGUACAGUACUUUUUGGAGAGGAGGCCCGACUGAGGAGCUAUUGUUUCUCCUCCCCCGGCCCCUCAGGAAUCCAGACAGCUGCAGCACCCCACUGACAAAACGCUCACAUGGGUGUGAAAUCUUUGAAUAACCCAAGGACGUGUCUUAGAGGGCUGCCUCUGCUCUCUACCCAUGAACUUAUUACUGAGUUCUCACAACAGACUGUACUGACUCUGGUUUUUAUUGUACUGAUUUUUUUUAUAGUUUUUGUCUAAAAUACUGUAAAUGCUGUGACAUUCCUCUGAUUAAGAAAGGGGUACUAAGUUUACCAGCAUCCACAUGUUCAACUUUAGAAGUUGGUUCUGUAAUAAUUGUUCUGGGUGGACGAAGUUCUCUUGUCAAAGAAGGACACAAUGUUGGGAAUAUUUAAACUGACUUCAAUAAAGAGUUAGAGAAAACUCUGACAGAGAAUUCACGUGGUGGUUGCAUUGAUUGAUGACUCAUUAUAACAUGUUUUCCAAACUGUUUUCCAGUGAAAUAUGAGGAGAAAAGCAGGGUAAACAGGACAUUUAGGAUGACAGAAACUUGGCAUUUUCUGAGAAUCAUUUAUCAAUUAAACCAGGGACUGUCAAUAAUUUAACUGCAGUCAUCAUCCUAACAUGGCUCACUCACACUGUGUAGACAUGCACAAGCAUCAGUCCAAACUGUGGUAGGUCAGCAUAUUAUUUGCUGGUGUGACCUAAGCUGUACUCUUUGCAACUGUAGCCACAGUUUUUUUUUUUGGGGGUCGAUGAAAUCAGUGCUCUUAGUGAGAAGACAGAAGUUAGUUUCAUGAAACACUUCAGCUGGCAAAGUUUAUUGCAAAUGAGCCAGCUACUAUAUUUAGUCAGCUGACAUUCUGCAAGUGAUAACCCAACCGCUGAAGCAAGCAAGCUAAGAUUAGUCAGUUACCUGUAAUCUAUAUAAAGCUAGUAGUCUGAACAGUUGGACUAGAAAAAAAUAGCUGAGACAAAACAAUUUAAGAUAUUUACACAGGAGAACCAGUGUCAUACAGAAAUAAUGAGAAAACUAGUAGUAGAAAAACAGAAAUUUCUCCAUAUCACUGAGAAACAGAAAAAAACGAAAUGUAUGAAUAUGUAUCCACUUAGAGCUACUGUAGCUGAAAGUUUAACAUUUGCCAAACCUGAGUAAAAUGUGAUGAAAAUCUUUAUUAAUCCCUGUAUCAAGGGAUAUUCAAUGGGACUAUUAGCUGAGGUGACAUGCUCAUGAAGUCACGUAAAAAUAAUCUGUAUUUGAAACUUCCCUGGCAAUACUGUCUCUACGAUAAAGUAGAAACUAAAACUGAGUAGAUGUUUUUUUCUACAGGCUGAAAUUAAAAAAAACACAAUUUGGAAAGGCUUCAUUUUAAUAAACUUUUUCCAGAUCUUGA